AGUGUCGCUGUCAAAAGCGGUAGAGAAGCAGAAGAAGGUGUGUUGAUAGACAGACAGCUGUGACAGAGAGGAGAGGAGGAGGAGGAGAAGCUGCGUCAUGUCUCCUCUCCGCGGCUCCUUGUAGUUACCCCUGAGCGGAGCUGGAUGUCGGGGAGAGUUUGCUCAACUGUUACCGUCUCCGUGUCCGUCCCGGGCUUCAUGUUGUGUUGCUUUGCCUUCUUCUUCUCUUUUUUUUAUUUUUGGAUUUUUUUUUCUGGAGAGCCAUGGAAAGCAGACCAUGUCAAGUCUAAGAGCUGUUUCAUAACUCUAUUCGUGUCGAGGUUCUCGUGAAUAUUCUUCCAUCUUAUCAAACUUCAGCGCAGGAGGAAAACCUUUGGCUCGACAAGGAGCCUCUAAGGGCCCACAUCACAACAUGGUGAACAGCCAAGCGUCAGGCGUACCGCCGGCCCCCAGGUCAUGUGCAGGAUGUGGAGGGAAGAUCGCCGACCGCUUCCUGCUCUUCUCCAUGGAGCGCUACUGGCACACUCGCUGCCUCAAGUGCUCUUGCUGCCAAGCCCAGCUGGGGGACAUUGGCACCACCUGCUACAGCAAAGGGGGCAUGAUUCUGUGUCGGAGCGACUACAUCAGACUGUUCGGGCACAGCGGGGCGUGCAGCGCCUGCGGCCAGUCGAUUCCAGCCAACGAAAUGGUAAUGAGGGCACAGGGAAAUGUUUACCACCUCAAGUGUUUCAGCUGUGCCACCUGUAGAAACAGACUGAUGCCUGGCGAUCGCUUCCAUUACAUCAACGGUACAAUCUUCUGUGAGCACGACAGACCUGGCGCUGCCUUGCUCAACAGCCACCUGCCUCCACUUCAGAGCAACUCUGUGCUGACAGACCAGAAGGUUUGCUGAGAGGCUGGAGCGCCGCGCGCUGCCCUCGCCUUUUUCUCCCGAGCUUCACGUCUCCUCGUUGCACCCUUCUUCUCCUGCUACUGUCACCGUUGUUGUGGAUUCUCAUCACCGCCUCGCCUCUCUUCCCCAGAGAGGACGCAGUUCUUCACCCGUCCGUCGCUGUAUCAGAGACUUGAUAUACCGCAUACAAAAAGUCACGUUUAUGUUGUGUUCAAUGUUAAAGUGGUCUGUGCGUCAUGCAGAGACUUACAGUCUGUGUGGACUGCACUGGCUUUCAGGACUUAGAGAGAAAGCUCGAGGAAAAAAAAAAAUUGACGAUGAAAGCCAGCGCCAACUGGAAGAGGGAACAAAAGAUGCUUGAAUGAAUGUUUGAUGGACUGCUGUAAAAUGGCUGUCAGAGCUUUGCUUAUGCCAUGUGGCAUUAUUUCCCCUGAGCGUCAGUGUUUUUAAUGAACUCUUGAUCUCUCUCUCUCUUGUAUAUGUUAAUCUGAGAUCUUACACGCUGAGGAUUGAAUGUAAAAAUUGUGGGGUGUCAGACAAAAUCCAGAGAAUCUGAAAAAAAAAAAAAGUCCAGUCAUAGGGAAACCUUCAGCCACAAACUUUUUUCAAGCACUCAAGGAAAACAGAAAUCUAAUAUUCCUGUUAUCUGUGACUGCUGAGAUUUCAGAGGCCCUGCACAAAGAACAACUCAAAUGAUCCAGUGAACGUUUUGCUUUUUUUUUUUUUUUUUUUUUUCUGUGGAGUUUUAUUUCUUUAUCAGAUUCCUGUUCAGUGUGUGGAGUUAACAAAAAUCCUAUUAAAAUGAUUU